GCUCCGGCUCCGGCCGGUCGGCGGGCGGCGAUCCAGCGCCGGGUUUUGGCCGGGGAAGUUGCCGAAGUUGGGCCGCGAGUGCCGCGGCGGCGGCGCGUCCUUCCUGCUGCGCGGCCGCUGCAUGAUGGAAGCAGCAUGGCCGCCCACCUCUCCCUGACACAGCUAUCAAGUGCAAAUCCUGUGUAUGAGAAAUUCUAUCGACAGGUUGAUUCUGCUAACACUGGAAGAGUGUUAGCUUCUGAUGCAGCUGUUUUCUUGAAAAAGUCUGGGUUGACAGAUUUGGUACUUGGAAAGAUUUGGGACUUAGCUGAUACUGAUGGCAAAGGUAUCCUGAAUAAACAGGAAUUUUUUGUGGCUUUACGACUUGUAGCAUGUGCACAGAAUGGAUUGAAUGUUUCCCUGAGCAGUCUUAACUUGCCUGUUCCUCCACCAAGAUUUACUGAUACUAGUAGUCCUUUGCUACUCAGUGGAGCAGCAUCAGCUGAUGUACCAUGGGCUGUUAAGCUGGAAGACAAGGCCAAGUAUGAUGCCAUUUUUGAUAGCCUAAAUCCUGUGAAUGGACUGUUGUCAGGUGAUAAGGUGAAACCUGUACUCCUUAACUCAAAACUGCCAGUGGACAUCUUAGGACGAGUGUGGGAAUUAAGUGAUAUUGACCGUGAUGGAAUGUUGGAUCGAGAUGAGUUUGCAGUUGCCAUGUUCUUGGUGUACUGUGCUUUGGAGAAGGAACCGGUGCCAAUGUCCUUGCCUGCAGCUUUGAUGCCACCAUCCAAGAGAAAACCUGUUAGUAUUCCAGGAGCAAUGCCAUUAAUUCCAUCUUCUGUGUCUACUAAAGAAUCUCAUCAGUCCUUGCCACCUGUAGGUCUUCUAGCUGCCAAAACACCAUUAGCACAGUGGGUUGUAUCACCUGUAGACAAAAUGAAAUAUGAUGAGAUCUUUGUGAAAACUGACAAAGACAUGGAUGGCUUUGUGUCAGGUGUGGAAGCCAGAGAACUAUUCUUGAAGACAGGACUGCCUUCUGCUCUGCUAGCACAUAUCUGGGCUCUCUGUGACACAAAAGACUGCGGAAAGCUUUCAAAGGAACAGUUUGCUUUGGCUUUCUAUUUAAUUAAUCAGAAGUUAUCAAAGGGCAUUGACCCACCUCAGGCUCUGACUCCAGAGAUGAUUCCACCUUCUGACAGGGGUGUCAGUUUACAGAAGACCACUCAAGGACUGAGUUCUGUAGCAGAUUUUUCUGCAAUUAAAGAACUUGAUACAUUAAACAAUGAAAUAGUAGACCUGCAGAGGGAAAAGAAUAAUGUAGAGCAAGACCUGAAGGAGAAAGAAGAUACCAUCAAACAGAGGACAAGUGAGGUCCAGGAUCUACAAGAUGAAGUGAAACGGGAGAGCAAUAAUCUACAAAAGCUGCAAUCUCAGAAACAGGAAGCGCAGGAGAUCCUUAAUGAUCUUGAUGAGCAGAAGGCUAAGCUAGAAGAGCAACUUAAUGAUAUCAGGCAGAAGUGUGCAGAGGAGGCCCAUUUGAUUGCUGUGCUAAAGAGUGAAAUAACAAGCCAGGAAUCAAAGAUUUCAGCAUAUGAAGAUGAACUAACCAGAGCUCAAGAGGAGCUGAGUCGCCUGCAGCAAGAAACUGCAGAGCUUGAGCAUUGCAUAGAGUCUGGAAAAGCACAGCUGGGACCUCUUCAGCAACAUCUGCAGGAUUCACAACAGGAAAUCAAUUCAGUACAAACGAAACUUCUUGAGCUGAAAGAGUUGGAAAAUAACCAGUUUAGUUGGCACUCUCAGCCACGUAAUAUACUCGUUAAUGGAACUGCGGAUCAUUCUAGUCUUAGCAACAGCAGCAGUGAAACUGCUAACCUUAAUGAGAAUGCUGAAAGGGAAAGUUUAGCAGAAGAUGAACAAAUAAACAAUACAUCUCCAAUAAGAAAUAGUCCUGAAACAAUAGAAGCUGUUGUGGAAGAAGAGAAAGAAACCUCAGCUGCAGCUGCUACAAAAAAAGAAGAUCCAUUUGAUGCUGAAUCUCAUCCAUUACCUGAUCUAGUUUCUGAAGCCAGCCUAGACUUCUUUCAAUCUGACCCUUUUAUUGGUAGCGAUCCCUUCAAAGAUGACCCUUUUGGGAAAAUUGAUCCUUUUGGUGGUGAUCCUUUCAAAGGCUCUGAUCCUUUUGCUGCUGACUUUUUCAAACAACCCUCCACCGAUCCUUUUAUGACUGCAGGCACUGAUCCAUUUAGCACUGCAAGCAACAGCAGUAGUCUCUCAACAGAAAUACUGAAGAAAGAUGACCCAUUUGCUCCUGGUGGAACAACUGUUACUGCAUCAAACGAUCUAGGUAAAGCUACAGACCCCUUUGCAUCCCUGUUUGGAAACGAAUCCUUUGGAAGCAGCUUUGCUGACUUCAGCAUAUUGUCAAAGGCCAACAAUGAGGAUCCCUUUAGCUCUUCCACAUCAGGUUCUGCCAACAACAUGAUCGUAACUAAGAACUUAGAGGAGUCACCAGCCAAAAAUGAGGAUGUCCCUCCUGCAUUGCCACCUAAAACAGGAACUCCCACAAGGCCGUGUCCACCGCCACCUGGGAAAAGACCUAUCAAUCAAAUAGACUCUUCAGAUUCCUUUAAACCGACCGAUCCAUUUCAGCCUUUCCCUACCCCAGACAUUCCCAAAGAACAAGAAGCAGAUCUAUUCUGUGAUCCAUUUGCUCCCACCAGCAUCAGUAAAGAGGCUGACCCCAACAAUUUUGCAAACUUCAGUACUAAUCCAUUUCAUAGAAGUCGUGGUGUCCAAGAGAUACGAACAAAUCUGAAGUAUUCUACUGAGGAAGACAUGAUUGAGUGGGCUAAGAGGGAAAGUGAGAGAGAAGAGAAAGAAAGACUUGCAAGAUUAAAACAGCAAGAGCAAGAAGACUUGGAACUGGCUAUUGCACUCAGUAAAUCUGAAAUAUCAGAAGCAUGAAGUUUAGAAUAAGAUUGCGUCUUAUGUCAACUGUUUUGUCUCUCUUUCUGAAUACUUAACCUAUUUAAAUGUUAAUCAGAAGUUACAUAUAUACAGAAGAAUAUGAAAGAUUUUGAACUUCUGAAAGUGGUUGAAUACUUUUCUUCCAUGCUGACUUGUAAUUUCCCUAAAUUUCCUUAACUUUGUCAAACAACUAGUAUCAUACUUCUCUAGUAUGUAUACUCUUGAGCUUCUUGCCUGUGCUAUUUUUACGCUGCAAGCCAAGCACACCAAAGUAUCUUUCUGUUUCACAGAAAGAGAGACUGUAGAUCAUCUUUAGAAUCACUGAUUGUCAUUCUAAUCAUGCAUGAAAAGAAUUUCAUGAGCAUUUGUAACUGCAAAUCCUGAAAUUCAAAGACAAGAAAAUGUUGUACCAAUCAAGUUCCUUCAGAAAGAAUGCUGGUGAAAGUAGCACAGUACAGAAAGUGAAACCUGCAUAGCCAUGUUUUUUAUCUGGAUUGCUUUUCUAUGGCUUUGUUUUCUUUUAGGUGUAUCUGGCAGAUUUUUAGUUAGAAGAAGAGAUGUUAACUGAGAACACUCUGUUUGGAUUUUGAACUCUUUAAUAAGAAUGCUAGGUAGCUUAUUCUUAUUGAAUGUCUUUUAAAGAUGUAUGAAUGUUUGCUAAAUUCAAUUCUUUGCAUAUUUUUAUUGUUUGAAUAACUGCUUACUUUAGCAUUCAACGUUUUUUCUCAACUUUUCAGCAAAAUCAAGUACAUUUCCCACCUGUAAGUAAGUCCAUUUAAAAUGCAGGUAGUGAGAUUGUUUUUUGACUGUAUUUGGUCAGCAGCUAGUAAUUGAGGAAAAAAGUGACAAAUAGCAAUUAUUUUGCCAUGGCUGACACUCUCCCAUCAAGCAGUUUGUUAUUUAAAACCUUUUGUACUUCCAAGGAGAUUUUAGAAAUGCCAGACCUGUAGAGUGCUUUAUUUUAUUUAUGCAUAUGUAUUUUUCUCAUUAAUGAAGGUUCUACUGUUGGACUUGAAAUAAUAAUCUUUGUGGAGUCUAAAUGGGAAAGACUGUAUCUUACUGAAACCUUGUUUGCUUUUCUUGCAUGGCCAUAGGUUUUAAGAUGGUCAGAUGCUCUAUUUUAUAAAGCAAAUAAAUUGAAGAUUCACAUGCGUUUGCUGUUGGCAAGAUGACGGUCAAAUUGCGAGGCCCCACUACUAUUUGAGCCACUCUUGCCUGUGAAAUGUUUAGCUGAACUGGCAAAUUAGUAAGCUGAAUCUGAAAUAGGACUGAAAAUAGAAAGAAAACAUGUAGUCUAUUUUUUUUUCAACAGUUUUUUUCUGUUUGUAUAAUUUAUUGAAUGCCAAUUGAUAGUUGCACCUUAAAAACUGAAUGAUGAUUUCUUUAUGGUCACUGAGUCAAAGUAGGAUUGAUAGAAUGGUAUGAAAGUAACUUAAUGAAAGUAACUUAUUGUUCAUUUUAAGAGAACUCCAGUCUGGAGAAUCAGUUUCAUUAUAGCAGCUUCAAUAAGAAUCCUAGAAUCAUAAGGAUCAUCUUUUGCCCUAUUUAAGAAUGUUUGGAUGGCAGCAGCAUAAACAUUGAGGAUUUUUUUUUUUUUCCGUGCACUUUUAAAGUUUCAAGACCCAAAUCUAGGGGGGAGGCAGAGGGGAUGAGUAGGGAAGAACAGGGCCAUGCUUUUGUAUAUUUAAUCUCUUCUAGUUACCUACCAAUGCUGCUGCUGCAGGAGCCUGAGAGUAGUUCUCAAUUUUUCAGGAAAAUGAGUAACUUGACUUGGACAGUUUUCUUUUGCACUGGGAAAUGAGCAUUUAAACACCUGCUCUAAACAGUAACAAAACUUUUGCAAGUAUUAUAACUUAUCUAUACAUCUUUGUAAUGAGUGUACACUAAUAUUGCAAAUUGUAUGCUUAACUGGAUUACAUAGUUUCUUAUCUUUUGUUAAAAAAUGUAUACUCAGUGGACCAACACAAUAUUAUAUGUAUAUAUUAUAUAUAUAUUCUUCCUUUCCUUUAUGGAAUUUAAAGUUUUGAGUCAUUUGAUGUUACAUUUCACGUUACUGACUCUGACUGUAAUACUUCUACUCAGACUACCAAUAAACCACUGCUGUGAGCUAAAUGGCAUUACUUAUGAAGUUUUAACUUUUUUUUAAACUUGUUCAGGUGGGGUUAGCCUUUAUUUAUAGACUUCCCUUUUGUUUAAAAAUUCUAACAAUAGCCUGUAAUU